AGAUUAAACCUUGAGGUCCCUCCCUGUUCACAUUAUCUCAAAGUCUCUAGCUGUCCGAUUCAGCUGAAGUCCACAGGAGCGAAGCUAGGAGAAAAUUAAACAUGGCAACCUCCGGGUUACAGAUCGGCGGAUUCCUUCUAGGACUCAUCGGAGUGGCUGCGGUCAUCGCCGCUACCGGCAUGAACAACUGGAGCACGCAGGACCGCCAGGGCGACGUGGUCACCGCCGUGUACACUUACAAGGGCCUGUGGCAGGAUUGCGAGGUGUCUUCCUCUGGCUUCACCGAGUGCCGGCCGCUCUACGGCCUCCUGGGAUACUCAGGUCAGUUCCAGGCGGUCAGAGCCAUGAUGAUAGUCGGCAUUAUCUUGGGUUUGAUUGCAAGCGUGAUCUCGUUGUUCUCACUGAAAUGUUUCAAAGCGGGAAACACUGAGGAUUCGACCAAAGCUAAAAUGACGCUGACGGCAGGAAUCAUGUUUGUUCUAGCAGGAAUCUGUGGCAUCACCGGAGCUUCCAUUUAUGCCAAUCAGAUCGUCGCCAGCUUCAUGAUGGCCAACUACAACCCUAAUUAUGGUGGGAUGAACCAGAUGGGAAUGGGAAUGGGAAUGGGAGGAAUGGGAGGAAUGGGAAUGUCUAUGGCUAACAGGUUCACGUUCGGACCGGCGCUCUUCGUGGCCUGGAUCGGAGGAGGCAUGCUGCUCAUAGGAGGAGUUUUAAAGUGUGUGGCCUUCAGAGGCUUGCACGCAGAGUCCACGCCCUACAAGUCAGUGGCGUACAAAGCAGCGACUAAUACGAGAUCAACAGAUGAGGGCGGAGAGCGUGGACAGAAAUACGUAUAAACACCUCUGUUAUUUACAGGAUUUACAGCAGUUUCUCACUGACUCUGUACCGUUCUGUCACUCAUUUACACCUUUAUUUGUCUGGAACACACAAUUUAUCAUGAAAUAAACAUAUUCUAUCUCUC